AUGAAUGCAAAUUACAAAGUAUUCGACAGGGAUGGACGGAAGAAAAAUUUAAGAGAAGGACUACCAGCCUAUGCUUACUCACGAGGAGUUGAAUUGCGUAGUGAUAAAAAUCCUUACUUAUACAUGCAAUCAGAAAUGUAUGAGCCCAGAAGAAAUGUUCUUAACAUUAGCUACCCUAUAAAUGUUCCUGAAUUUGAGCUACCUAAUGAAGAGCAAAUAUCUUACUAUGAACAAUUAAUGAUGAUGAGCAAUGAAACUAUUGUACUAAGUAAUAUCUUAGAUGAACAAAAAAAUCUGCUCUCCCCAAAAGUUAUUCAUAAAAAACCAGAUUCAACUCAAGAACUUUCACUUAAGAAAUCAACAUUAAACAAAUGUUCAUCAGAGAUUUUACCAUUUUACAAAAUAUGUUUUGAGAUAAUGAAAGUGCCUACAAAAGAUUCAAAAUGGAAAUUAUGUUUAAUUACUGAACAUUCAACUGAACUGCGAUCUGAAAUACAGCAAAUUUACUUACACAUGUGGUUAUAUUACAAACAUUACAUGGAAAAAGUUGAUUUAGGUGUGUUAGAUACUUGUAAUCGAAUGAUGGGGUUUGGACAAUCUGUGACUGAAACUGAACGGAUUUAUCUUACAAUUCGGGAUGACUAUUUAAUGGCAACACAAAUAUUGGUAUUAUUAAAAUGCAUACUAUCCAAUCAACAUGCAUCUGUUUUUAAAAACAUUAUGGAGACGCUAGAAUUGUGGAAAAUCCUAUUACAAAAAAUGAGUACUAAUCCAAAGAUGUAUGAAUUGUCAUCAUAUAAUACUACUUUGGAGAUGGCAGAAUUGUUAGAACUACUAACUAGAAGCUAUUUCAAAACAAGGCAUUAUUUAGAAGCUUGUUUUGUUUUAAUGGUAGAUAAAGAAGAUACCAUUAAAGAACAGCAGAUUAAAGAUGAUAAGUUAUGCAAAUAUUGGUAUUUAAUGGCCAACUCUCCAGAACAUUAAUAUGUAUUUAAAAAUUUUUUGCCAAUUUUAUAAGUGAUUGUUAAAGUUGCAGCUCCUAAUUUUAUGUCCUAACAGUUACUUAUUUUUUUUAUUUUCUGUACCAAUUUAAUGAUUUUUUUUAUUUGUUUUAUUCGAAGUGAUG